CAAAGAUGUUAUGAAUUUCUCCACAAAUCGCAAAUAAUUUCAAGUAGAAAAAUGUUUAAAGCAAUUAUCGGUGUACUUUUCGUGUUUUCCACCGAAUUUAUAUCAGUACAAUCCUCAAUUUACAAUAAAGUGCACUACUUGGACCACGGUGAUAAAUAUAGCGUAAAUCCGAGCGGCAGCGGUCUGGAUUUAGAAACGUUUUGCUACAAAGGAAGGAAGAAAUCGAUUAUUUACACGUGGCAGAGCGUAAUCUUCACAAUCCACCACCCCAGCGAUGAUUACACGCUAUACGAAGGCUGUUCUCCCGAAGACGUCCAGAUGGAGUUUUCGAAGAACAAAUAUUACUGGUCCCCGAAUAUAUUUAUGGUUAAACAGAAGAGCUUUAAGAUCGAUCCGUUUAAUGAUACUUGCAUCGGAGUGAGAAGUAUUGCUCCCUACGUUGUACACUAUAACGUUAUAAAUCUCGAUUUUUGGAAGUUGUUGUUUCUGGGCGUCGGUAUCGGACUGUUUUUAUCAGCCGAUGCUUUGAGUAAAAAUACAGUGUUUCAUUACAUCAGCGGGAUAACGUUCGGCAUUUGCGCUUCGACUCUUAUCAUCAUUUAUUUUAUCAGUAAACUUUUUCCCAGGAAACCCUUCGUGUACGGCGCCCUAGGGCUCGGAUGGACGCUCGUCAUCUACCUAGGGAACAUAAUAUGGGAAAACAUCCAAACGAUCGUGACCGAAUACAAAUUGUACGUGUUGUGGUACAUUUUGCUAACAGGCCUCGUCAGUUUCGUGUUUUGCUACAGGUGGGGCCCGGUGAAGAACCAGCGCACCAUGAAUCUCAUCAAAUGGUCCCUGCAAUUCCUCGGGAUGUGUUCGAUAUUCAACAGCAGCAGUUACCAAGAGGCCGCCAUGGCCCAAAUCGUGAUACUAUUAAUCUCUUAUAACCUUCCGCAGAGGUGGAAAAUGGCGCCGAAGAAUUAUUGGAUAAGGCGAUUUCCUCCUAAAGUUAAAUUCCUCAGUAAUGAAGAGUAUUACCAGCAAGGCGUUAGAGAAACCGCCAAAGCUUUGGAUGAAUUGAGAACGUAUUGUUCGAGCCCUGAUUGCAAUCAGUGGAAAACAGCUUUGAAGUUAAAGGAUGUUAAAAGAUUCGCCUCGUUUAUGGAAGGAAAUUCCCAUCUCAGCGACGAUGAAUUGUUGGAAUACGAAACAUUCAUCCACGAUUUAACAGAUGAUGAAGAUAACACCCUCACCGAUGAAGACGAUGAAGAUUAA